CUUGGGAGUUCCCGCUGGCGCGAAAUAGCGCAACAUGGUAACGCUGACAAGCUGCUCGUGGCAACGUUCACCGCCGAUCGAUAGGGGCGCGCAGAGAAGCGAAAGGCAGUGGUGCGGCAUAGCCGGCCGCCAUUGCAAGAUGUAGGGAGUGACUCGGACGAAGUAGAGUUUUACCCUGCCAAGCGAUCCAAACGAACGGACCAUUCUCAAGCACACCAUACGUCCAGUCAACGAUCCGAUCCACUGCAAGACGACGAAGAAGACGAUUUAAAUUUCACCCAGAGAGACACCGCCACAGACCAGCAAUUCGCGAGUCAGUCCAUGUCCCACGUGUACCAAGACGACGACGAUGCCGAGCCUGCUCGAAUUGGCAACAUGAAUCCUAAGACGAAGGAAGACUUGACGGCCAAAACCGUGCGGUAUCUGUUGUACAGGGCAAGUUCUCACACUCCCGUCAAGCUCGGGGACUUGACCAAGGAAAUCUUCAAAGACCAUCGCAAUGCUGCCAGACACUUCCUGGGGGUGGCAGCCAAGAAACUCGAGUCUCUCUUUGGCUACCGCGUUGUCGCGGUGGACGAUGCCGCGUUGGGCGACGCUUCAUCCAAGAAGGACGUUUUUCUCAUCAUAAACAACAUCCAGGACCAGAAGCACCUGCUCAGGAUCAACAAGUGUCAUGGCAUGAAGGAACGCGGCCUCCUCAUGAUAAUCUUUGGGCUCAUCUGGUGCGCGCCACGACGGCUACUGGGGGAAGAUGAACUGUGGAAAAGCUUGAGUCUGCUCGAUAGCUCCAUCCGAGACAAGCGGAAUGCGAUCUUUGGGGACAUGGUGCCACUCGUCAAGCUGUUUGAGUCGCAACUGUACUUGUCAUGCCAUUCCGACAUUGACAACGAUGGAAAGCGCACCAAGAGCUAUGGAUAUGGCCCACGCGCAAUGGCUGAAGUUGGCAAGGCGCACAUCCUGACUUUUGUCUGCAAACUGAUCAAUGGACGCCAUCCGUCUAAAGAACUGCUCGAGGAACUCGAACAUGAGGGGAGAAUUGCAUAGUCGAUGGCAUGACGGCAUGCAUUCAUAUAGGCUCUCUGGAGUAGUAGUCUUCGCCUUAAGUGAUCGUUGUUGUACACUGUGAACGGACUCAGAGUGUGAAGCAAGAAGCGUGGGCCACUUGAAGGACCUUGUGGCAUUCAUUAUUCGGUCGUUGACGACAGCGGUGUCAAGUUCUGAACAUGUUCACUGAGGCGUCAAGCAUUAGAGUCUAAGGAGAACUGGAACACCG